UUGCCACCAAACAGUGAACUUCCAAAUUUCAGAACCCUAAACAACAACUGAACUUCAAUUCAAAAAUUUCCCCAAUUUUGCUGAAAACAAGUCACAGAUUUUUGUAGUUUUUCAUACCCUCUUCAAUCAUUUCGUGAAUUUUACUCGUCAUUCAAUACCAAUGUGUUUUCCCUCGUGAAAUUCCCCGCUGCACCUCCGAUUCCUUUAUCUGCACUUGUGCUAUUCAAUUCUCUCAUUUUUACGCCUCAAAAUUUUGAAUUUGUUCAAUUUUCAAAGUUCCUUUCAUCAAUUGAGAGUUUCUUGAAUCUGUCCAGCAGAUCGAAUGUUGAGCACCUUGCUCAAUCUUAGUUUGAAUUACUUGAAGCAUUGAAUUUAUUUUUUUGGUGUGGGGAUCCUAUUUUUGGGUGUUGGAUUAAGGGUGUUGAAUCCGAUGAGUUAUUAUUGGUUGUGGCAAUGAGGCUUGAAUGGAAGCGAUUAGAUCAGAGAGAAGUGUGGAAAAGUUGCCGCCAUUGCAGGGGCCAGUGAUACCGAAGACAAAAUUGCAACUCUGGUUUUUUAGGGUUUGCACUUGUAUACUAAUAUGGACGUGCCUGGUUCAGCUGGUGGCGGUGGGGGAGCUGUGGCACCCUCGUCUGCUUACUGGUUUUCCUGGAUUUACAAAAAUGUUGGUUCACCAAGAUCGAUUGUAUCAGUCUUCACUACCGCCGCCUGUUCCUUCCAGGAAUUACACAAGUAAUGGCUUUCUUAAAGUGACUUGCAAUGGUGGCUUGAAUCAAAUGCGAUCUGCGAUAUGUGACAUGGUAACAAUUGCCCGGCUUUUAAAUCUUACAUUGGUUGUUCCCCAACUCGAUAAGGCAUCAUUUUGGGCUGAUACUAGCAACUUUGAGGAUGUUUUUGAUGUUGAUCAUUUUAUCAAUUCAUUAAGAGAUGAAAUCCGAAUUAUAAAGAGGUUACCAAAGAGAUAUAGUGAGCGAUACGGACAUCAACCCCUUGUAAUGCGUCCAGUUAGCUGGUCAAAUGAGCAAUACUACUUGCAUCAUAUUCUUCCUCUCUUUGGAAAGCACAAGGUGAUACACUUCAAUCGAACAGAUUCACGGCUGGCGAACAAUGGGCUUCCUUUGCAGCUUCAGAGACUUCGAUGCCGUGUUAAUUUUCAGGCACUGAAGUUUACUCCUCAGAUUGAGGCACUGGGGAAAAAGUUGAUUAAUAUUAUUCAACGUAAGGGACCCUAUUUGGCUCUGCAUUUAAGAUAUGAGAUGGACAUGUUGGCAUUCUCAGGUUGCACCCAUGGUUGCACUGAAGAGGAAGCUAAUGAGCUCAAACGGAUGAGGUAUGCAUUUCCAUGGUGGAGAGAGAAGGAGAUAGUUUCUGAAGAGAAAAGAUCUGAGGGGUUAUGUCCUCUUACCCCAGAAGAGACUGCUUUGAUUUUGCAAGCAUUUAAUUUUGAUACGAAGACACAGAUCUAUAUUGCCUCGGGUGAGAUAUAUGGAAGUGAAAGGAGACUUGCAGCUCUAAGAGCUGCCUUUCCAAGGAUUGUUAGAAAGGAGAUGCUGCUACAUCCUGGUGAUUUACGGCAGUUUCAAAACCAUUCGUCUCAAAUGGCAGCACUGGAUUUUAUGGUUUCUUUGGCUAGUGAUAUUUUUAUCCCGACUUAUGAUGGGAACAUGGCAAGGGUUGUGGAAGGUUAUCGUAGGUAUCUUGGGUUCAAAAAGACCUUCCAAUUGGACCGUAAAAGACUUGUAGAGUUUUUGGAUUCACAUCAGAAUGGAACUCUCACAUGGGAUGAAUUUUCCCAUGCUGUGCAGAAGGCUCAUGAGACGACAAUGGGGGUUUCAGCAAGCCGUAGAGUUAUCCGGGGCAAGCCUAAAGAAGAAGAAUACUUCUAUGCGAACCCUGAAGAAUGUUUGUGUGAGAGAAACAGGGAUUGUGAUGAUCCUCUGUACCAAGAAAAUACAACUAAAUUCCAAUGAGACUGUGCAUUCGAAAUCUGGAUUUAAUCAAGUACUCUGUUGUGAAUAGUGAUGGUACUCGGGAGUGUGGAUCACUGCUUUAAUUAUGAUAUCGGCAGAAUGCUGAACAGGCUUCUUGAGCUUUUGCCAAAGCAUGUGAGAUGCGCCCCACGUGUUACAAAUGGAAAUGGAAACACAAAGUCGUCACAAUCUUGUGAGUAUUAAAAUGCCUUCAGUUUCUUGAUCUAAUUCAUUUUCUUCUGCUGUUGCCACAACGUGUUAUCCUUGCAUUAUACCCUAACAAAUUUCAUUACAGCUACUCAAUCAAUUCAUUUCUUUUAUGGAGUGAUGCUUAGAACUAACCUGAGUAACGACAUUAUUUGAGUUGUUCAAUAGCUUGCUGAAUUUGUCGUCUUUUAUUUCGACUUGCUCUUGAUGUUUACUGUCUAACAUGAGCUCUGCCAACUGAUUCGGUAAAUCCUUACUGUAGGAUCACUAAUGGAGAGGAAAUGUUUGCUUC